AUGGGUAGGAGGCUAGCUGUCUCCGCUGGUGUCUCCACUGCAGUCCUCUACGGCUCCCUGGCCCUGUUUGGCUCCAUCCUGCACAACGUCUUCCUGCUCUACUACGUGGAGACCUUUGUCUCUGUUUACAAGAUCGACAAGCUCUCCUUCUGGGUGGGAGAGGUGAGUGACAGUUCCUGCUUUCCAUGGGUUAUUAUAAUAGCUGUAGUUUGGAAGCUUUCUGCUUUAGACGGUGUGACAAUGACAACGGUGUUGGCUUAAGCAGAAAGACUGAUACCCUGUUUUUUUUCUGGGUUAGGGUGUUUAACCCUAGUCUGUUAUACUAACUCCUCCCUCUCUCUGCCCACACAGGCAGUGUUCCUGAUAUGGAACAGCUUGAACGACCCUCUCUUUGGCUGGCUGAGUGACCGCUCCUUCCUCAGCUCGUCACAGUAACACCUCGUUUUCUUUCCUCUCUUUCGCAAAUCAAUGGUGCCUCUCUCGCUCCCUCCCUAUUUUUAACUCUUUGUCUCUCUCUCUUUCUCUCACUCUCCCUCUCUCUAUCUUGAAAGCACGGUUGAACACCACAGUUAGUGAAAAGUGGGAGAAGUUUAUCUUUGCCGUUGCAUUAACCUUUUUUCCCUCUCCCCUCGAUUGUAGGUUUGGCUCCCAGAUCUCCAGCCCAGAGGUUGUACUAAAGCGGUUGGCGGCCCUCUCCCGGAAUGGCCCUCUGUUCGCCCUCUCUUUCCUGGCCUUCUGGGUGUCGUGGGCGCGGCCGGGCAUCCAGUUCCUGGUGUGUCUGUGCCUGUACGACGGCUUCCUCACCGUGGUGGACCUCAACCACAACGCCCUGCUGGCCGACCUGGCCGUGUCGGCCGACGACCGCACACGCCUCAACUUCCACUGCUCGCUGUUCAGCGCCCUGGGCUCGCUCUCCGUCUUCCUGUCCUACAGCGUCUGGGACAAGGGCGACUUCUACUCGUUCCGGCUCUUCUGCGUGACGCUGGCCACCGUCUCGGCACUGGGCUUCGCCGCCGCGUCGCGCCUGUUGAAGAGCCGCUUUGAGAAAGAGGCACGUCUGAGGCAGGACGAGGCGCUGGCGCUCAAAGAGUAGGUGACAUAAUCAUUCAUCGUGUAUGCCCUUGAGAAACACUCGGUUUACAUUAUGCACUGACAAGCAAGUGGUACCAGAACAACACCCAUUGUUUGUGGGUUUGCUUCCAACAACUCACUUUAUGGCUUCAAUUCAAGCCUUUCAUCUUUCUACCCUGUGGUGUCUAUGCCAGCCUUGGCCAGGGAGGGAUAUUGCUUGCUAAUGGGAUUUUUAAAGAGACUGUAGUGGAAUUGUGAGCUAAUAACAUUGAUGCACAUUCUGCACACACUCAUACAGUCUAUCUGGCAGGGAGAUGAACGUAACACUUGCUCAGGUUACAGACUCAAUCCCCUCGGUAGUGUGUGUUGUUACACUGAUUGUCCUUUCACUAACCCCCCCCCUCUCAGGUUGUGUAUUGGCCAGAGCCCUCUGACCCAGCAGGAGAAGCCAGUCACUCUAGGAGAGUAUCUAAGGCAGCUCUCCAAGCACAGAAACUUUAUGUGGUUUGCCUCUAUGAACCUGGUCCAGGUGUUUCACUGCCACUUCAACAGCAACUUCUUCCCUCUGUUUCUGGAGCACCUCCUCUCUGACAGCAUCUCUGCCUCCACUGGCUCCAUUCUGCUGGGUAAGACGCAAGAGUACUACUGCUGGUUUUGCUUCAUGACCAGGGAAAGGCGUCAUUCAUGGAAUGGGUUUAGUUUCAUAGCCUGGUCCCAGAUCGAUUUGUGCUGUCUUGCCUAUUCCACAUUUGGUCUGACAAUGACCAUAGGAGUUGGCAAAACUGCACAAACAGAUCUGGGCCCAGGCUAUUAGUUUUGGUCUGUUUUUCUUUUUGGGAAGAUUAGUUCUUAGAAUGUGAGGAAAUUAUUAUUAGUAUUACUAUUAUUAUCAAUAAUUAAUAUUAUUAUUAUUUGUCUACAUACAUUAACAAAUGUAUUUUCAGUCCACUUACACUUGCUCUCAAUUCCUGACAGGGAUCUCUUACAUAGCGCCCCACCUGAACAACCUGUAUUUCCUGACCCUGUGUCAGCGCUACGGGGUCUACACGGUCAUCCGCUGGCUGUUCCUGGUCAAGUUAGCCCUCAGUGUGGCCAUGCUGCUGGCCGGGGCCGACCAGGUCUCCCUGCUGUGCAUCUUCAUCGCCAGGUACUGACACACACAUUUUAGAGAUCAAGGUCAUGUACUCAAGUAAUAUAAGUUAUUUUCAUAUCAAGGACCCAGUGUGAUGUGUUUUUCCAAUACUUGUCAAAGCUGAGCAAAGUUUUGUGUGGCUCUGUUUGCAUUGGGUCUCGCUUGGUGUUGUGUGUCAGCCAAAACAACCAAUCCCUUUAUCAAUAUGGGGCUGGCCAUUGGCUGGGCUCAGCCUACCACUUGUCCUCUUGGCACAGUGCCAUUGUUAUCAUAGAGCACAAUGAUAUAAAGUCAGAGUGGGGGAGAGGCUUUGCUCUAUUGGUUUUGGACUUCAUAUAAAUGCCUUGACCAUUUUUUUUUUUUUUUUUUUUUUUUUUUUUUUUUUCUCCCCUUACUUUUAAACUCCCGCUCAGGAAAAUCUGAUGUAUAAUCCACAUAAUUGUAUAUUAGCAGUUGGAAACAGUGUUGACAACUCUUCAGUAACAACUCUGAAAUAUCCUUCUCCCCCCUCAGUAACCGAGUGUUUACGGAGGGCACCUGCAAGCUGUUGAACCUGGUCAUCACGGACCUGGUGGACGAGGACUUUGUGGUGAACCGGCGCCAGCAGGCGGCAUCAGCGCUGCUCUUCGGCAUGGUGGCCCUGGUAACCAAGCCAGGCCAGACCUUCGCCCCUCUCAUCGGCACCUGGCUGCUGUGUGUCUACACAGGUAUACUGUAUAUGGACAGGGGGGCGAAAGCACAAAAGUCUGUUUUGAUGAAAGCUCCUUGAAGAUGGAAGAGAUGCAGAAAUCAGUCACUGUGAAUGAACUAGAAUCAAACCAACUUCACUAACCUUACUCUAGGCGGAUUCCCACACAUUCAUGCCUGUUAUUUAUUCUAAUCUGCCUAUCUCUUUCCAGGCUACGAUAUCUUUGAGAGAAACGCCGUACAGGACUCUGCGGCAGCGCCCCCCGUCUCGGGCCAAGCGGUCUCCACUGUUCCAUUGCGCCAGGGCUGUUUCUACCUGCUGGUGUUUGUGCCCAUCUCCUGCGCCCUGCUGCAGCUAAUGGCCUGGUCCCGCUUCACCCUCCACGGCCGCAGACUGCAGGGCGUCAAGGCCCAGAGGCAGGGAGCCCAGCACAGCCAAGGCCAUGGACGUCAAGGCCAUCUGAUAUGAGGCCAGCUCGUCCGCACCUUCACUCAACUGCAUGAUCCUAUACCACCCUCUGCCAUUGGGGUCAGCAGCGAGGAACAUAGACUGGAGAACUGAUGACUGAUGAAAUCCCACUGUCUAGUCAGGGACAAAAAUAUUUUUGGGGUGUGAAACUUGCCUUAUUUUGAUAUUAAGAGGACAAAGACUAUAUUUAUGUAUGAACUGAUGACCAAAUGAUACCGCAGAGUCAAUCAAAGAAUAAGAAGCUCAUGCCCCUCUCUGGGGUAGGGAAAAGGUGAAGCCUCCCAUUUAUCCAGCGAGUAGACGAUCAUCCUAGGUUGAGGCGCAGCUUGGAAUGCAUUUCCAUCCCCAAAGGAACACAAAUUGUCACCAACCUUGCUAUUAUAGUGUGGUUAACCAAAGCGAGAGGCUGCAUAGCUAGGUAAUUACUCAUCUUUCUGAUGUGUGUAGAGAAAUAUUAAGUACUAAAAACGUGUGUGCACAUGAGCAUAACAUCUAGACGUUGCUCUUAAAAUUGCAAUAAGGUUUGUGACCAUCACCAUGCUAUUGUGUCUUCAUUAAGUACUUCUAGUACUAAUCUGCAUUUUCAAAAGUGAAAAAUAUUUUUACAUUUUAUUUUACUGUGACUAGAGACUACUUCUACUAAAAUAACUGCCAACUCCAAAAUGUUUUCUCACGCAUUAUGUUUUAACCUGAUAUGUGAAAGCAUUUCAGUGGCUAUAACAAAACAAGGCCCUUCACAUCCUCUGUUUACAUUUGUACCCCAGGUCAGGAAAUAAAUGCAUUUUUAUAGACCAUGAAGAGGAUUGAGAAACAGAUUUGACUGAACAUGAAACUGUUGUGCCAUGAUGACCCGAUUAUAUGAUAAUCAUGGAGAAGAAUACAUUCCAUACUUUUUCAAAGUUAGUUUUAAUACUGCUGCUACAUGCUGUUCUACAUGAAUUGUCUUGAGUGUUAAGGAGUCUGAGAUUCCAUCAUAUCAAUUGAUUUAUCUAAACAAAACUAUUCUUGUAAUUUGUCAAAUAUUGAAGACACCUUCAUGGAAGUGUUUUAGAGUGACUCAGGAAUUGCCGUUUCAGCACAAUAUGAUUUAAGUUCAUUGGCCAGAAGGAAAGCAUAGGUUAUAUCUUACAAGACAGCCUUACAGCAGAGAUGCCUGUAUUUGCCAGUUUUGUUACAAAAUACUGUACAAUGUUUGUCUGGUUGUACCACUGCUCAGUGUAGCAUCUGCCAUUUUCCGACCAUCUUUGUGACUUAUUAAAGUGAUCCCACUACUUGAGA